AUGAUGGCGCAGUUUCUCGAGAUCAAGUCGGCCAAUCCGGGGCUGCUCCUUUUCUACCGGAUGGGCGACUUCUACGAACUGUUCUUCGAGGACGCGGAGAUCGCCUCGCGGGCGCUGGGCAUCACGCUGACCAAGCGCGGCAAGCAUCUGGGCCAGGACAUUCCGAUGUGCGGCGUUCCGGUUCAUGCCGCCGACGACUAUCUGCAGAAGCUGAUAGGGCUCGGCCAUCGCGUGGCGGUGUGCGAGCAGCUCGAAGACCCGGCCGAAGCCAAGAAACGCGGUUCGAAAUCGGUCGUCCGCCGCGAUGUGACCCGGCUGGUCACGCCCGCGACGAUCACCGAGGACAAGCUGCUGGAGCCGGGCGAGAACGCCUAUCUUCUGGCCCUUGCGCGCAUCCGGGCCUCGGACCAGAUGGCCUACGCCUUCAUCGACAUUUCGACCGGCGAGUUCCGGCUCGGCGAAACCGCGCCGGCGCGCCUCCUGCCCGAUCUCACCCGCAUCGCGCCGCGCGAGAUCAUCGUCCCUGAAGCGCUUUUUCACGAUCCCGAGCUCAGGCCGGUCUUCGACCAGUUCGGCCGCGCCGUCAGCGCACAUCCCGCCGCCCUGUUCGACAGCGCCACGGCGGGCGACCGGCUCGCGCGAUAUUUCGGCGUUGCGACGCUGGACGGGUUCGGCGACUUCUCGCGCGCCGAACUGGCCGCCGCAUCGGGGGCGCUCGCCUAUGUCGAAAAGACACAAGUGUCCGAGCGGCCGGCGCUGCAGCGGCCGCAGCGCGAGACCGGCUCACCCACGCUUUUUAUCGAUCCGGCGACGCGCACCAAUCUCGAACUCGAACGCACGCUGUCGGGCCAGCGCGACGGCAGCCUUUUGAAGGCGAUCGACAGGACGGUGACCGGCGCCGGCGCGCGGCUUCUGGCAGCGCGGCUGCGCGCGCCUCUGACCGAUGCCGCCGCCAUUGCCGAGCGGCUCGAUUCCGUGAGCCAGUUCAUGGCCGACGAUGGGCUGGGCGCCACGCUGCGCGCACAUCUGAAGGCGUUGCCGGACAUGGCGCGCGCGCUGUCGCGCCUGUCGCUGAACCGCGGCGGCCCGCGCGAUCUGGCCGCCAUCCGCGGCGGGCUGGCGGUCGCCGCGUCGGUCCACCAGGUGCUGUCGGGAGCCGAUCUGGGCGCCGAACUGCACGAAGCGCGUGCCAUGCUCGACGCCGCGCCCGCCGAGGUCGCCGACGCGCUGGAAAAAGCGCUGGACGAUGACAUGCCGCUUCUGGCGCGCGAUGGCGGUUUCGUGCGCACAGGCCAUCAUGACGAGCUCGACGAGAUGAGGGCGCUGCGCGACCAGUCGCGGCGCGUCAUCGCAUCGCUGCAGGCCGAUUACGCAGCCGAAACCGGCGUCAAGUCACUGAAGAUCAAGCACAACAAUGUGCUGGGCUAUUUUAUCGAGGUCACCGCGCUGAACGCGAGCGCUCUCAAUGCAUCCGACGACGCCAAGGCCCGCUUCAUCCACCGCCAGACCAUGGCGAACGCGAUGCGUUUCACCACCACCGAACUGGCCGAUCUUGAAAGCCGCAUCGCCAACGCCGCGGGGCGGGCACUCGAGAUCGAACUGGCCGUGUUCGAGCAAUUGCGCGCGCUCAGCGUCGCCCAUGCCGAUGCCAUCCGCGACGCGGCGCAUGCGCUUGCGGUGAUCGACGUUUCGGUGGCGCUUGCCGAUCUGGCCGCCUCGGAAGGCUAUUGCCGGCCGGUGGUCGAUGACAGCCGCAUCUUCCGCAUCGUCGGCGGGCGCCAUCCGGUCGUCGAACAGGCCCUGCGCCGGCAGGCCGCCGAUCCGUUCGUCGCCAAUGAUUGCGACCUUUCGCCCAAGGACGGUGCCGACCAUGGCGCGCUGUGGCUUCUGACCGGGCCGAACAUGGGCGGCAAGUCGACCUUUCUGCGCCAGAACGCGCUGAUCGCGAUCCUUGCGCAGACCGGCUCCUUCGUGCCGGCCGGACAGGCCCAUAUCGGUAUUGUCGACCGGCUGUUCAGCCGUGUCGGAGCCUCGGACGAUCUGGCGCGCGGGCGAUCGACCUUCAUGGUCGAGAUGGUCGAAACCGCGGCCAUCCUCAACCAGGCCGGUGAGAACGCGCUGGUGAUCCUCGAUGAGAUCGGCCGGGGAACGGCGACCUUUGACGGGCUUUCCAUCGCCUGGGCGGCGAUCGAAUAUCUACACGAGCACAAUCGCUGCCGGACGCUGUUCGCCACUCAUUUUCACGAGCUGACAGCGCUUCACGAAAAGCUCGACCGGCUGGCCAACGUCACCAUGCGGGUCAAGGAAUGGGAAGGCGAGGUGGUGUUCCUGCACGAGGUCGGCCAAGGCGCCGCCGACCGGUCCUAUGGCGUGCAGGUGGCGCGGCUUGCCGGCCUGCCCGACGCGGUCGUGAUCCGGGCACGACAGGUGCUCGACCAACUCGAGGAGCAGAACCGCGACAAGGGCGCGGCCGCGCUGAUCGACGAUCUGCCGCUUUUCUCGGCGGCGCCGGCGGCAAAACAGUCCGUGCCAAACGCCGUCCGAUCGGCUAUCGAGGCGGCGCUUGACGAUCUUUCGCCUGACGAGAUGACGCCGCGCGCGGCGCUCGAAGCGCUCUAUGCGCUCAAGGCGGCCGUCACCGGAAAGACCGCCCUUCCCGACGCCGCGACCAUCGGCGCGGCGCUGGAAGGGUUCGCGCGCGAUGCGGGCGGCGACGGCGCGGACACGGGUGUACGCGCCAAGGUGCUCGCCCAUCUCAAGCAGGUCCUGGCCGACGGGCGCGCCGAGGCCGAGCGGCGCCUUUUCGAGGACGGCAAGGGCCAUGGCUGCGCAAAGCGCCUGUCGGACCUCCAGGAUGCGAUCAUCCGGGCCACCUACGAUUUCGCCCUCGCCCAUGUGUUCAAGGUCUCGGAUCUUUCCCGUGGCGAGCGGAUCGCGCUGGCGGCGGUCGGCGGCUAUGGCCGCGGCACGCUGGCGCCCGGAUCGGACAUCGAUCUGUUGUUCGUCCUGCCCUACAAGCAGACGCCGCUCGGCGAGCAACUGGCCGAAUACAUGCUCUACAUGCUUUGGGACAUGGGGCUGAAAGUCGGCCACGCCACGCGCAACAUCGAUGACUGCGUGCGGCUGUCCAAGAACGACAUCACGAUCAGCACCACGAUCCUCGAGGCCCGGUUCCUGAUCGGAAACGAAACGCUCUUCAAGGAGCUGAUGGACCGGUUCGAUGGCGAGGUCGUGCAGAAGACCGCCGUCCAGUUCAUCCAGGCCAAGCUCGCCGAGCGCGAUGCGCGCCACCAGCGGAUGGGCGAAGCGCGGUUCGUCGUCGAGCCGAACGUCAAGGACGGAAAAGGCGGAUUGCGCGACCUCCACACGCUGUUCUGGAUUGCCAAAUAUGUCUAUCGCGUGCGGCGACGUGCGGAACUGGUCAAGCUCGGUGUCUUCACCCGCAAGGACUACAAUCUCUUCGUCAAGUGCGAAGACUUCCUCUGGGCGGUGCGCUGCCACUUGCAUUUCCUGACCGGCAAGGCCGAGGAACGCCUGUCGUUCGACGUGCAGCGGGACCUCGCCGAGCGGCUCGGCUACCAGUCACACCCCGGGCUCGAGGAUGUCGAGCGGUUCAUGAAGCACUAUUUCCUGAUCGCCAAGGAUGUGGGCGACCUGACGCGCAUCUUCUGCGCGGCGCUGGAAGACCAGGAGAUCAAGAACGCGCCGGCGCUGUCCGGCCUCUUGCAGGCGCUGCCCUUCACCGGUCGCUCGCGCAAGAUUCGCGGUAUCAAGGAGUUCGUCAUCGACCGUCAGCGCAUCAAUGUCGCCGACGAGGAGGUCUUCAAGCGCGAUCCGGUGAACCUGAUCCGGAUGUUCCAUCUGGCCGACCGGUACGGGCUCGAAUAUCAUCCGCAGGCGCUGCAACUGGUCCGGCGUUCGCUGAAGCUGAUCGACAAGGCACUGCGCACCGACGUCAAUGCCAAUGCGCUGUUCAUCAAGAUCCUUUCCUCGAAGAACGAUCCGGCGCUCAAUCUGCGGCGGAUGAACGAGGCGGGCGUGCUCGGCCGUUUCGUCCCCGAUUUCGGCAGGAUCGUCGCGAUGAUGCAGUUCAACAUGUAUCAUCACUACACCGUCGACGAACAUCUGAUCCGUACGAUCGGCGUGCUCGCCGACAUCGAAAAGGGUACGCUCAAGGAAGAUCAUCCGCUCGCCGCGACGCUGAUGCCGGGCCUCAAAGGCGAGCGCACGCUGCUCUAUGUGGCACUGUUUCUGCAUGAUAUCGCCAAGGGCCGACCGCAGGAUCAUUCGACCGCCGGGGCGGAGGUGGCGCGAAAGCUUUGCCCGCGUUUCGGCUUUUCGCCCGAGGACACGGCGACCAUCGCCUGGCUGGUGCAGGACCAUCUUCUCAUGUCGAUGACCGCUCAGGCGCGGGACCUGUCGGACCGCAAGACGAUCGAGGAUUUCGUCGCGCGGGUGCAGACGGUCAAGCGGCUCAAGCUGCUGCUGGUGCUGACCGUUUGCGACAUUCGCGGCGUCGGUCCGGGCGUCUGGAACGGCUGGAAGGGCCAGCUGUUGCGCACGCUCUAUGCAGAGGCGGAACUGGCACUUACGGGCGGUUUCUCGGAAACCAGCCGCAAGAGCCGCGCCGCCAGCCGCCGGCAAGCGCUCGAGGAACGGCUCGCCGGCUGGACCGAAGCCGAUCGCGAGGCGGUUCUGCGCCUGCACUACGACAAUUAUCUUCUGACCGUCGAUCUGGAAGACCAGGAGCGCCAUGCCGAGUUCAUCCGCGCGGCCAAUGCCGAGGGCAAGGCGCUGGCGACCGAAGUCCGCACGGAUGCAUUUCAGGCGAUGACCGAGAUCACCGUGCUGGCGCAGGACCACCCGCGCCUGUUGUCGGUCAUCGCCGCCGCCUGUUCGAGCGCGGACGCAUCGAUCGACGGGGCCCACAUCUUCACCACAUCCGACGGCCGCGCGCUCGAUGUCAUCCAGAUCGAACGCGAAUUUGUCGAGGACGAAGACGAGUUGCGGCGCGGCCGCCGGAUCGGCGCACUGAUCGAGGAUGUCCUGCGCGGCAAGGUGAGCCUGCCGGACGUGCAGGCGCACAAGCGACGCCGCAGGGCGCUCAGCGCCUUUCAUGUCGAGCCCAAUGUGAAGAUAAACAACACGCUGUCCAACCGGUUUACCGUGAUCGAAGUGGAAGGGCUGGACCGCCCGGCGCUCCUGUCGCAACUGACCGGCGCGAUCUCCGAUCUCAAGCUCGACAUCCGUUCCGCGCACAUCACGACCUUCGGCGAGAAGGUGAUCGACAGUUUCUAUGUGACCGAUCUGGUCGGCCAGAAGAUCGAGGACACGGCGCGCCAGGGCCGCAUCCGCAAGGCACUUCUUUCCGUGCUCAAAAACGAUCAGCGCGGCGCAACGAAGAAGCAGGCGGGCAAGGCCGCCGUGGCGGCCGAAUAG